AUGGAAAAUACCAAUCAGACUUCCUCUGUGACAGAGUUUAUCUUGCUUGGACUCUCUGCCCACCCAAAGCUGGAGAAAAUGUUCUUUGUGCUCAUCCUACUGACGUACCUGGUGAUCCUGAUGGGCAAUGGUGUUCUCAUCAUAGUGACUGUCACUGUCUCCUGCCUGCACACAUCCAUGUACUUCUUCCUGGGGAACCUCUCCUUCCUGGACAUCUGCUACACAACCUCCUCAGUUCCCCUCAUUCUAGACAGCUUCCUCACUCCCAGGAAAACCAUCCCCUUCCCAGCCUGUGCUGUGCAGAUGUCCCUUUCCUUUGCCAUGGGAGCCACAGAAUGUGUGCUCCUGGGCAUGAUGGCCUUUGAUCGCUAUGUAGCCAUCUGCAACCCCCUUAGAUACCCUGUGGUCAUGAGCAAGGCUGCCUAUGUGCCCAUGGCUGCCGGCUCCUGGGUGGCUGGAAUUGCUGCCUCCAUAGUUCAAACAUUCUUGGCAAUGAGGCUGCCCUUUUGUGGGAACAACAUUAUCAACCACUUCACCUGUGAGAUCCUGGCUGUCCUGAAGUUGGCCUGUGCUGACAUCUCCAUCAAUGUGAUCAGCAUGGGGGUGACCAACGUGAUAUUUCUGGCAUUUCCAGUUCUUUUCAUCUUUGUCUCCUACAUCUUCAUUAUCACCACCAUCCUGAAGAUCCCUUCAGCUGAGGGCAGGAAAAAAGCUUUCUCUACCUGCUCUGCCCACCUCACAGUUGUGGUUGUCUUCUAUGGGACCAUCCUCUUCAUGUAUGGGAAGCCCAAGUCUAAGGACCCACUGGGAGCUGACAAACAGGACCUUUCAGACAAGCUCAUCUCACUUUUCUAUGGGGUGGUGACCCCCAUGCUCAACCCCAUCAUCUACAGCCUGAGGAACAAGGACGUGAAGGCCGCUGUGAGGAACCUGGUGGUUCAGAAACGCUUCACCCAGUAA